UAACCGUUACAGUUUCCUUAAACCAUUGCACAAUCAAAGAAAGAACCCAGUUUACAUAACAACAAAACCAAAAAGGAAAGAAACCUUCAUUCAUUCCUCAUGGCGGCAACAUGGUCACACAUCAUCUCGUUCCUUCUCUUACUCCUGAAUCCAAUCACAUGCUCACAACAACAACAAACCCAGAAUCUUCACAAACACUGCGAGAAUCGCUGGAUCCACAUUCGCAACCUCCCUUCACGUUUCAACCUCGAUCUCCUCUCCAACUGCUCCGAAUACCCACUCCUCGAAGAUCUCUGCCCUUACCUCGCCAACCAUGGCCUCGGCCAGAAAACCCACAACCGCUCCCACAGUUGGUACCGCACCGACCCAUCCAUGCUCGAACUCAUCUUCCACCGUCGCAUGCUCGAGUAUCCCUGCCUCACCGCCGAUCCAACGGCGGCAAACGCCAUCUACCUCCCUUACUACGCCAGCUUCGAUUCUCUCCGGUAUCUCUACGGCCCGGAGUAUAACUCCAGCGCCGACCACGGCCUCCACCUCUUCCGUUUCCUUCGCCAUGAUGACAACCCGGAGAUCUGGGAACGUCACAUGGGGCAUGACCAUUUCCUCAUCAUGGCUCGACCCGCUUGGGAUUUCUCUCAGCCUCUUUAUAAUGAUCCUCCGUUGUGGGGGACUUCGUUUCUCGAGUUGCCGCAGUUCUACAAUCUCACCGCUCUCACGCUUGAGGCGCGUGCUUGGCCAUGGCAGGAGCAUGCGGUUCCUUACCCGACGUCGUUUCAUCCUCCUAACCUCGCUCUGUUAGAUUCAUGGAUUCAGCGCGUUCGACGAUCCAAGCGCGACGCGCUUGCUCUCUUCGCCGGCGGUGGAGGUGUCUCCGCCUCGCCGAACAUUCGCCGGAGUAUAAGGAUCGAGUGCGACAGCAAUGGAACUGGGAAUUCUGCUUACGGUUAUGAGAAGCUCUGUGAUGUUGUUGAUUGCUCCAAUGGGGUUUGCGAGCAUGAUCCUAUCAGGUUCAUGAGGCCAAUGUUGCGGGCGAGUUUCUGCUUGCAGCCUCCCGGUGACACUCCGACGCGGAGGUCGACGUUCGACGCGAUCCUCGCUGGUUGUAUACCGGUUUUCUUCGAGGACCUGUCUGCGAAGUCUCAGUACUCGUGGCACUUGCCGGAGAAUGAGUUUGGGGGUUUCUCUGUUUUCAUACCCAAGGAAGAUGUGGUGUUCAAAGGGAUGAAGAUUUUGAAUGUGUUGCAACGGAUACCGAGGUCUAGGGUCAGGAGAAUGAGGGAGAGGGUGAUAGAGUUGAUACCCAGAAUUGUGUACAGGAAGCAUAAUGGUUCUCCGGGUCUCAGAAUGAAGAAGGAUGCUUUUGAUUUGGCAAUUGAUGGGAUAUUGGAGAAGAUUCAAUCAAGGCUUCGGGAAGGAAAUUGAUUUGGUUUUGUGUUUAUAUCCUAUUCUUUUGUUGCUUUAGUUUCUUAUUUAUGUUCAAUAUUGAGCAAUAGUAUUUGUAUUGUAUUCAAUGUGCCAUUGAUCAAUAGAUUUUGACAUGAAAGGUUAGACCAGUUGCCACUCCCAUUUUGAAAGGGCCAAGCAGAGCAACUACCUAACAUUACACCCAUUCCAUUCAGCUAGUGUUGUCUGGGACAAAGCAGAGUGUAUAACUCCAGGUUCUUAGUGUAUACUAUUAUCUAUCUUGAGUUUCUUUCUCA